AGCUCACAAAUUGAGAGACAGUGGCAGCAGUAGUCAGGCUUAGAUAUUUUACCCUCUCUGAAUAUAAUUUUAGAUUUAGAAUCAGCUUAAAUCCAAGGGGAAAACACUUUAUAAGGUUGAAAGCUGUGUAGUUGCAACAGCCAGGGUUAUGAGCUAUCAAAUGCAAUUACAUUAAAACAGAUUAUACUGUGCAAAUUGAGCCAUUUAGAAGGUGAGAACCAAAGAAACAGCUCUGAUCUCCCUUUUUUUCUAAAUUGCAGUUUUAGUUCCUUGCAAUUCUGAGGUACAAAAGUAGGUGAGACUGCUUUUGUAUCUGCAAAGUGCUUCAUUUCUGAAUGUAAUUCUAACUGAGUGCAAUCUAGGUUAAAAGCUGGACAACUGGGUAAUUAGAGCUCACUCACUGCUGAAGGACGAUCAGCUGUACUAUAGCUCAUCUGUGUUCCCAGAGACUAGUUCUUGUCUCUUCUGAGUGGAGCCUGCUGGCAAAGAAGCAUCUACCCCCCAGACUCUUCUUGAUCCCUGAGAUGAUGGUGCUGGACAAGGAGGACGGUGUGCCAAUGUUAUCUGUGCAACCCAAAGGGAAACAGAAGGGCUGUGCUGGCUGCAACCGAAAGAUCAAGGACCGCUACCUUUUGAAGGCCCUGGAUAAGUACUGGCAUGAAGACUGUCUAAAGUGUGCCUGCUGUGACUGCCGUCUUGGAGAGGUUGGAUCAACUCUUUACACGAAAGCAAAUCUUAUUCUUUGCCGCAGAGAUUACCUGAGGCUCUUUGGUACCACCGGGAAUUGUGCUGCUUGCAGUAAACUGAUCCCUGCCUUUGAGAUGGUGAUGAGGGCCAGAGAUAAUGUUUACCAUUUGGAUUGCUUUGCCUGCCAGCUCUGCAACCAGCGAUUUUGUGUGGGAGACAAAUUUUUCCUGAAGAACAACAUGAUCUUGUGUCAGAUGGACUAUGAGGAAGGGCAGCUUAACGGAAGCUUUGAAUCCCAAGUUCAAUAACGAACCCUGCUUCACUGAAGCACUGUGGGAUGGACGUUCGACCACACGAGCAGUGAGGGGCGUCUGUCAGCUUGCCUGCAAUAUUUUUUUAAUUCUUGGUCCAGAAAGGACUAUAUACAUUGUAGUACUUUUCCCCCUUCCGCCCCCCCCAACACAAAGCAGUUACAAUUUUAGAUGUACAGUUGUGCCUGCUUAGCUGAGCACUGCAUUGCCUGUAUGUUUGUGAGUUUUUGAGGUCUGGGGGAGGGCUCUGUACAGUCUGUUUUCUGUAUAUAAACUGGAACAUUUAUUUUAUGAAAAAUGUAAUGCAAUUUUAUUACUGGUGUGAAUUAAAAAUUAUGAAUGUUUCCUGGUCA